CAAGAUGUACGGCUUCUUCGACGACGUGAAGCGCCGGUACAACAUCAAGCUGUUCAAGGCCUUCACGGAUGUGUUCAACACGAUGCCCGUGUGCUGCGUUGUGAGCGAGAAGAUCAUCUGCAUGCACGGCGGACUGAGUCCUGACAUGACUUCGCUUGCCACCGUGAACGAAAUAGAGCGUCCGUGUGAUGUGCCGGACAAGGGCAUCCUGUGCGACCUUCUCUGGGCUGACCCUGAGGACGAGGUGAGGGGCUUCCUGGAGAGCGACCGGGGCGUGAGCUACCUGUUCGGCGAGGACAUUGUGAGCGACUUCCUAGACAUGGUGGACAUGGACCUGGUGGUGCGUGCGCACCAGGUGAUGGAGCGUGGGUACGGGUUCUUUGCCAACCGGCAGCUAGUGACGAUUUUUUCGGCUCCGAAUUACUGCGGCGAGUUCGACAAUGACGCGGCCGUGAUGAAUGUAGAUGAAAAGCUGCAGUGCUCAUUCCUCAUUGUUCCGGCAAACAGUUAG